GUUGGAUUUCUUAGUAUUUAAAGCAUUAACAUAUGUGAGAUUUGCCUAACUACAAGGAAUCCCCCCAAGAAUAGAAAAAUUUAAUUUCUUCCUAUUAAUAUAAACAGUAUUAUAUAAAUAAUUAGAAAAAAAUAUAUAUUAACAAAAACAGUAUUCUACAAAAAGAAAAUCAGAUUAAAAAAACAACAAAAUACAGAAAUGAUAUUUUUCUCUCUCUAGCAUCUAUCAUGAAAAAUAUAGUAUAAAGAAAUCAGGAGCCAACGCGCAUUUAGCAGAUAAUAGCGGCUUCACCAAACUCCGAGAAGAGAAACUGAAAAAAAGAAAAAAGAAAAAAAAAUACAACAGUUGCUUGCACGAUCUCUCAAUCCAAAACACUCUCACAAAAUACAACAAGUUCAUUAUUCCAUUGAUUUCUGUUACCUUUUUUUCUUUUUGUUCUUAGCUUUCUGGUAAAGCACACUUUUUUUGAGUUUUAGCACAACCAAAGGAUUGGGUAUUUUGUUUGUUGCUUCUGUUCAUCUUGCACCUACUUAAUGGCUGAGCAGAGCAUCAGCCUACCAGAGACCCCUAAAUCAAUCGAGUCAGAUACUGGUAAUUCAAGAAGGCAUUCCAUUGGAAAGGCUAUUUCUACAAGGGGUGAUGAAAAGAUUCUUCCUCACUACCUCCGAGCUUCUACUGGUUCCUGUCAUGAUUUCUGUAAAUUUGGGAGAAAACAUGCAUUUGAAGAGAAGGCAAGACGUCCAUUUCCAAGAAGGAAUAGGAAACUACCCGAUGAACAAAAUUCCAUUGAGUUUCAGCCAGAGAGAAAUAAGACAUCUAAGGUUACAGGCAAACCAAGCUCCAAUUCAGAAACCCCACCAGGUACUCCUGAGAUCAUAAAGAGGGAAGUGCCUAGAAAACCUCUUGACAGAAAAUCUCCCCCACUAAAUGUAGUUAUGGCUGAGAAGAAGACUUCAUCAAGGGCAUUGUUGACAAAGUCCGCUGACAGGCAAAGUCCAGUGUUGAGGGCAAUUCUGGCCAAGAAGAAGACAAUGACAAGGGAUGUGUUAGCAGAAUCAGUUGAUAGCCAAAUUUCAGUAUCAAGCGACAAUUGGGCGGAGAAGAGGAAGACAUCAUUGCGAGAGAGGAAUAAGACAUCAGUAGCCAAUCUCAAACCUUCACCUGAUUUGAAGGCCCAUUUCUCUACAAACUUCACAAAGCCUGGUGUUUCUUCGUCUUCUGAAAAACUAGAGGUCUCUUUGAAACAAGCUUCAUCAAAAGUGAAAGAAGAGAAUAUAUCUGCAAAAGGUGCUAAUUCUUUGAAAAUGAAACCUUCUCCUGGUUCAUCAAGAGUUUUAACUGUCCGAGGAAACAGUGACAAUAAGAUAGCAAAAAAGACAUCGACCUCGAAAACAGCUGUACAGAGGGCACAGAUGUCUCCAAGAGCUAUGCCAUCUCUUAAAACUUCUAGCAGUGGGAUGGCAAGAGGAGUGGCGUCCCCAAGAGCUUCUUUGUCCAUCAAGCCCACUCUCAGAGUACAAAAGUUCCCAAGUGCUUCCUUGUCCCUCAAGCCUUCUCUCAAUAGGGUUGCAAGCAUAAAUGCUAGGAGGCGUAGGGCCUCAGAAGUGGCGUCUCCAAUGAAGAAUCAGAGCAAGGUUAAAAAGGUCAAUAAAGAGCAUCCCAAGAUCAAGAAUGACGAUCUGGACCAUUCCAUCAAGGAACUUAAAGGACCUGGCAAUAAUGUGGUCCAAGAGAAAACACUGUAUGUCAUCAAGAUGGAAACUGAGAACAAAUAUUUGGAGUCUGACAGGAAGGAAAAUCUUUCUGCCGAAUCAUCUCCACCUCCAUUAUCACCAGCCAGGUCUCCAUCUCUCCCAGAAGUUGUAUUAUCAUUGUCUAAUAAUGAAGAAGAAGAGGAAUCUGAGUUUACUGCCGGUGAAGCAGAAGAUGACUCCUCUGAUUAUGAUGAAACUGAGUACAUGGAAGAGGCAGAUACUGUGGAAGGCGAACAAAGAGGGUGGCAUCGAAAGGCUGGGAUGAUACCUUCUCAGGAUAAGAAUGACCAACCUGUGAAAUUACGAUUCAGGAGGGGAAAGGUCAUUGACAUCAAGCCUGAGCACAAUAGUCCGAGGAGGCUCAAAUUCAGGCAAGGAAGAGUGGUGGUGGGGAACCAAAAUCUCAAAGUUGAUGGCCGAAGAAGCUUCAAGAGGAGAGGAGCUGAAGACCUCACAAAUGAGAAUCGUGAUUCAGAAAAGGUUGUUUUGAGACAUCAAGAUGUGCAUGGAAAGAAAGAUGCUCAGGGUCUGUUCAAUAAUGUCAUUGAAGAAACAGCAAGUAAACUUGUUGAGACCAGGAAAAGUAAGGUUAAGGCCUUGGUUGGUGCUUUUGAAACUGUGAUCUCCCUACAAGAUAGUAAACCAGCUGAGAAUGAUAGGAAAAUAAACCUAAGCUUGUAGAAGAGAAGGGCAAAUACACAAGCUUGUGGGAUUGCAAAAGGAAAAGCAUUUUGCUGUGAGUAUUGAACUUGACAAGCUUCUUCACAUACAUGUUCUAUGGGGAUGUAUGCAUGUUCAUCCUUUAUAGUUUUUAUACCUAAUAAUAUGAUUGGUUUAUAUCCUGUUCUUGUGAAUAAAACAUCAUGCAAUUUGAACAGAAAAAGAAAGCUUCAUGACCAGUUUUAUCCUUGUGUGGGCUUUGAGUGACUAAUCCAAUGUAGUUUGUGACAUCAUAUUGUUUGUUUUUAUUUUCUUCAUUCAAUGUGAUGACUAAUCUAAUCCUGUUUUUUGUUGCUUA